AGUUAGAGCCUUGGUGGACGCUGCAGGGUUCCGGCCGUUCGUCGAAUACCUUCCACUUUCCGAUCGGGGAGAUGACGGUGACUCCGUUAGACUUUGCAGCUCUCACUGGCUUGAGAGUAGCAGGAGAUCCUAUCCCAUUCGACUCAGAGAUUCAUAGAGAUACCGGGGCAUUGGAGUGGUUCUUGGGGCAGACACUAACAAAUGAAGCAGAGUCCAUCCAUUACGACUAGUUCAAGAGGUACUUGCAGGGGAGGGUACCGGACUCAGAGCAGGAGGUGGAGCAGAUGGCGAGGGCCUACUUGUUGUACUUGUUUGGGGCUAUGGUGUACCUGAACAAGCAAGCUACGGUGCAUUUGUCCUACUUGUUGGCUCUCCGCGACCUACGCACAGCUUCACGCUUCGACUGGGGAGGAGCAGCUCUGGGGACAUGCUAUGAUUUCAUGGGCGAAUUCUCUCGAGGGAAGAAGGCGACCGCCGGCUGCUGGAGAGUGUGGGAGCUGUGGGCCUACGAAGUGCUGAAGAUGUACCCGCUGGAGAAUGAGUGCCCGAACUUGAGGAUGCUCCCACGUGCCAUGAUUUGGGGGCCUUUGCAUAGAGGAAAGAAGAAGUCGAGAGGGAGCCUCCUAGCUUUCGGGUCAUACCUCGACGAGCUGUCGGGUGUUCAGGUAAACAACACUCCAAUCAAUCAUUUUGGCCUUUUGAAUUGCUUUAAUGCUGUCACUGAUGUCUAUCUAAUUUUGAACCUUUGA